UGAAUUACACACUCCUUGACGUUAAGGUCUGUCUCAUCUCUUUUUGUAUCCCCAAUGCUUAGUGUAGAGCCAAAUCUUUGGUUGGCCCUUAAUAUAUGAUGAUUUAAUUGUGUGUGUGCAUGAAUACACAUUUGUACUGGAGUUGGAUGAUUUUUUACUGAAUGACAUAUUUUAAAUUUGAUAAACUGUCAGGUAGAGGACUUUUAAAAAGUUCUAAACACUAAAACACAUUUAAAGUGAAUGUUUAUCAGAGUCUCAUAGUCAUAAUGUAUUUGUUUAAAUGUAAAUUUCUCUCAAAACUUGAGGGAUGGAAAUUAUUAAAAAGAGCAAAGGACUGAAAAUCAGAAGUUCUGAGAUCCAGCCCUAAUGGCUAUGUGACUUUAGGUAAGUCACUUCCAUUUCCUGAGCCCCAAGUAUUCUCAGUUGGAGAACAUAUAUAAAGCACUUGAAAUGAUGUUAUAUAAAUAUGAACAUUUAUUGUUAGUAUAAAUAUAUCAUUGGUUAGAUAAUCUCUAAUAUCACUUCUGUUUCUAACAUUCUAGGAUUCUGUGAGCUUUUUAUUCCAGAAAAGUAUUUUUUUUUCUAUAUGCUUAAAAUCAACUGCAUAUUAUGCAUCUUAAGGAGUUUAUUUUUGAAAAGACAGUUAAAUGUCAAGAAUCUUACAGUCAUGCUUAUUUCAGUUAAGAGUUAAAUGAUUUAUGGAUGUACACUAAGCAAUUAUUUAUGAUAUUAUUCCUUUCUUCCUUUCAGGCCAGAAUAUAGAAAUAUGAUUGCAACAGGGGGUGUCAUAACAGGCCUGGCAGCCUUAAAGAGACAAGACUCUGCAAGAUCUCAGCAUCAUGUCAAUCUUAGCCCUUCACCUGCUGAUCAAGAGAAAAAACCAGUUAGACGCCGGCCUAGGGCUGAUGUUGUGGUUGUUCGGGGCAAAAUCCGACUUUAUUCUCCAUCCGGAUUUUUCCUCAUUUUAGGAGUGUUGAUCUCAAUUAUAGGAAUUGCAAUGGCAGUUCUUGGAUAUUGGCCCCAAAAAGAACAUUUUAUAGAUGCUGAAACCAAGCUGUCAACCAACCAAACCCAGGUCAUCAGAAACCAAGGUGGUAUCAUGGUUCGCUUCUUUGAACAGCAUUUACACUCUGAUAAGAUGAAAAUGCUUGGCCCAUUUACGAUGGGCAUAGGGAUUUUUAUUUUUAUAUGUGCUAAUGCCAUUCUACAUGAAAACCGUGACAAGGAAACCAAAAUCAUUCACAUGCGGGACAUCUACUCCACUGUCAUAGAUAUCCACACCCUAAGAAUCAAGGAGCAAAAGUUGAUGAAUGGUGUUUACAAUGGCUUAAUGGGAGAGAAUGAAGUAAAGCAGAACGUUAACUCCUGUGCCUCAAGAUUAGCAGCAAAUACACUUGGCUCUUUUUCAGGUUUUCGGAGCAGUUUUCGAAUGGACAGCUCUGCUGAAGAGGAUGAACUAAGGCUCAGUGAGGGCAAGAGUAGUACUCACCUCAUGCCCCCUUUGUUAUCUGACAGUUCUGUCUCAGUCUUUGGCUUCUAUCCACCCCAUAACAAGGCAACAGAUGAUAAAAACAGUAGCAUUAAAAAAUGUGAAACCAAAUCCAUCGUAUCCUCAUCCAUCAGUGCUUUUACACUACCUGUGAUCAAACUUAAUAAUUGUGUUAUUGAUGAGCCUAGUAUAGACAACAUCACUGAGGACUCUGAGACUAUCAAACGCAGGUCUAGGAAUUUAUCCAUGGAUUCACUAGCUGUUCCUUUAACCAAUAUCAAUGACUCCUACCAGCGAGCCAGUGUAGGGUUGUCACGGAAUGAUUCUGUUGGGGAAUCUCUCUCAAACCAGUACAAAUCUUCUAUGGCUCUUGGACCUAGAACUGGACAACUUUUGUCACCGGGAGCUGCUAGGAAACAAUUUGGAUCUAACACAUCCCUACAUUUGUUGUCUUCACAUUCAAAAUCCUUAGACUUGGACCGAGGUCCCUCCACCUUGACUGUACAGGCUGAACAACGGAAACAUCCAAGUUGGCCCCGGUUGGAUAGGAGUAACAGCAAAGGGUACAUGAAACUGGAGAAUAAAGAGGAUCCAAUGGAUAGGUUGCUUGUACCCCAAGCGUCAAUCAAAAAAGACUUUACAAAUAAGGAGAAGCUUCUUAUGAUCUCAAGAUCUCAUAAUAAUUUGAGUUUUGAACAUGAUGAAUUUUUGAGUAACAAUCUAAAGAGAGGAACUUCUGAAACACGAUUUUAAAUGUUAAACACACACACACACAGAAACUAUCUUUUACAAGGCAACUUAUUUUAAAAAAAUUUUCACAGGUGUUUGUUCAAAGCAAUGAGUACAAGGCUCUUUAACCAAAUGGCUAUGGCAUAAUAGAGUUGGCUACUUAUUUUUAUGAUGGAGAUAAUUUUAUGACUUAGUGAUAUACAACUGCAAUAUUGUACUUUAUCAUCACACAGUAUUUUUUUUUUAUGUUCUUAUCUAAGCAUGAUUUCUUUGGUUGCUAUGACUCAGAAACCUGCCUCCAAAUAAAAGUGAACCUGCUUCAGGUUUCAUUUCUUCUCUUGAUUGCUACUUUCCCAGAAUGAUGCUUCCAGGAUUAAAAGAAAAGUCAUAAAGUCUGGACUAGGAAUGCCAAAUCAGCCCAAGACUAAACAUAUUUUUACUGUAUAUGCUGAUUAUGUAACCUGGCAUUUUGUUUUUAAAAAACACAUGGGAUUGGAUGAGUUUAGGGGGAAAACAAAGCAGAUUAAAUAUCUUUUUAAUUUGUUUGUGUGUUGAUUCAUUGUAAUUGGUUGAAUCAUAUGCCAAUAUUGUGAACUCUUCUCUAGGUUAUAUGUGAUAGACCUGUCAGCAUCAAUUAUAUUUUAGAGUUAUAAUUCCAGAAUAUCAUGUAUUGUAAUGCCACAGUUCUGAAAUUUUCAUAGCUUUAAUGGAGAAAAAUCAGAACUUUAUCAGAUGAUUGAAACUGUCUAAAUUAGCUAGAAUAUGAAUGACCUAAAGUUUUUCAUUCAAUUAAAUAAGCUUUGUUAGGUACUUCUUAUGAGUAAUGUGCUAGAGAUACAAAGAAAGAAAUGGAAAAAAAAAAACUCUGCCCUCAAGGAGCUUAUAGUCUAUUGAAUGCAAUUCUAUCCCUAAACAGCCAAAUCCAAAGAUAAGUUAUUAAUUUUAUGUUAAUUGGAAAAAUGAGUGCUAAACAAUAUUAACUAGUAUCUGUUUUAUUCCUUCCUCACCUUAGAUUUUUACCCUUACACUUUUCUAAUCUCUUUUUCUCCCCAGUUCCAAACAACAACUAUGAUAAAACCAAUAAAAACUCAACAUAAUUAAUCUGAAGUUUCAAUAGUUUUAGAAAUCCCUGCAGCUGGUAAAGUAAUCAGCUAAUCUCACCAUGACUUUUCAUUUUGGCCUAUCUCUAGUUAGAUCAUUCAAUAACAUUUAGCUCUCACUAAAUUGUCUUGAAAAAUACCUUUCAACAAGGAAGGAUUAUGAAAACCCCCAAAGACUUUUUUUUUUUUUUUGCAGUGCCAGGUUUUCAUGAUUACUGUUUUAGUUUUGUGCACAUAAAUUCUUAAAAUAUAUAUGUUUAUUCAAAAGUUUUCCUGUGGAAUUCUUUUUAAUAGCUUUCCCCCUAAUUAACCAAACAUUUCAAAGCAUCAGUGUACUGCAGUUGUGUUCAGAAAGCAGAAAACAGAAAUAUUUGUGUUUCCAGCUCCAUCCAAUCCAUAUUGUGAUCUUUGCAUCCAGGGCAUGAUUUGCUCUGUGGAUUGAGGCCUAGUACUACUUGUUAGAACCUAUAUAUUGUAACAAAGUGGGCUAAAUAUUUUGGUAUGAAGCUUUUAAUAAACUUAUGGUUUGUGUUCUUAAUACAUUUACUAUUUUUUUUGGAAAUAAAAUAGAAUGUACAACUCUG